GAUCCGUUCAAGAGGUUCAAGAGUGAUUCCAGUGAUUCAUUUCAGUAUAUGUAUGUAGUAAUUUUCAUAACGAAGAAAUGGUGAAAAAUUGUGACUCCCGAGCUUUCCACGUAAAAAAAUGCAAUAAUACCCUGCUAAACAGUUGCUGGUCAAGUUAGAUCCCAUCUCGCGUAUUCGAAUUCGACUCAUUCAGUCUCACUCAAAUGACGAAUAAUAGUUUAAUCAUCAAGACUUUCCUUUUGAAAGCCUGGAAAGAAAAAAAGCGGCAUCCGUUUCGAAAUGUGCUAAAUACACUGUUUCCGGUGGUUGUUAUUGGAUUGUACGUGUUAAGUCGCCUCGGUUACCAGCGGAGCGCUGCAUCUGCCAAAGAAAGUUUCGUGAUUACAGUCAGGGAUGGCAUUGUCGAUUCGUUUCCAUCUGGUAGCUACAGUAAGCUCUUCUAUGCACCAGAAAAUGAGUUCACUAAGGAGCUUAUCGAAUUUGUACGGAUCAAGCUAUUUAUCACCAUCGACAGAGUGCAUUCGUUUCCGACAGUGGCUGAGAUGGAACAAAUACUGCUUUUUAACCAGAACUAUUUUGCGAUUGCAUUCGACAGGAACUCGUCCAGGAAUUAUCUAUCCUACACAAUUCGCAGUAAAAACAACAACUUCCGGACGGAUGAAAUAUACUCCCGGGAUUUGUACAGGAGUUACCUAAAGGAUGGGAACGAGUAUCAAGAGAGUGGUUUCUUAGCCUUGCAGUACGGUGUAGAAAAAUCGUUCGUGCAGAUGAGCACGGGACUAGCCGAGGCAGCUUUGCCCGAGUACUCCUAUCAGCACAUUCCACUGACCGGGCCACGACCUCAGGAAUCGUCGGAAAUUUUUGUAGUCAGCAUGAUGCUGGCAAUUUGCGUAUCUGUUGCAUGUACUUAUUUGUUGCUAGUACCGUUGGUCGAUGAAAAGGCUUCAGGGAUGAAGGAAUAUCUGAAGAUAGCAACACCAUACAGCUACUGGAACGAGGUGGCAAUAUAUUUGAUAAACUUUGUACAGCUGAUCGUGAUCGUGAUUUUUUGCUUGACGAUCACAAUACUAGCCGACGUCUGGGAAGGCACCGCAGCUCAGAUGGUGUUUGUCUGUGUGCUUCUUGUUCUGUUUGUAAUAUGUUCUAUAAGCUUCACGUUCUUUAUAAGUACACUGCUGGAAUCGGUUACGAUCUCGACGAUUGUGGCUCCGAUCUGCUACUUUGUUCCGGUCGUAUUCGCGUCCGUACACAAACCUUUGGAAACACUGCUAAUGAUUUUUCCUAUGACUGGGUUUAAGAUAGGUGUAUCGAUUUUGCAUGAUUAUCAAAACAGCUGGCAUAGUUUCAAAACAUUGGAUGCAUUCAAGACCGGCUAUCCGGGAAAUCAAAACAGCAGUCUUGGUUUUGUAUUAUUCAUGCAAGUAGUAGGAAUUGCUUUAUGGACUUUCCUAUGGUUCUACAUUUCGAACGUGCGGCCUGGUCAGUACGGAACACCAAAACCAUGGACAUUUAUAUUCUCCAAGAAAUAUUAUCAAAAAAGCAACAAUAGGAUCACACAAGUGCAACAUUCUGAAAGAAACCAUGCUGAUGGCAGGGAAUCAGCAAGAGUUGUCGAAGAGAUUGAUAACAGUCUUGAAAAAGUAGUACGAAUCUCUAAUUUGCACAAAAUAUUUAAGACGUCAUCUGGAACACGUGUAGCAGUUCAAAAGCUAUCGUUGAACAUCUACAAGAACAAGAUCACUGCGCUGCUGGGUCAUAAUGGCGCCGGAAAGACCACCACUAUGAACAUAAUCACAGGGAUGAUUCCACGAACGUCGGGUCACAUCGAGGUCGACGGGGAGGACAAUGCCAGCAACUAUCGCCAGCAAAUCGGAUUUUGUCCUCAGCAUAAUGUGGCUUUGAGUUUCAUGAGCUGUCGCGAGCAUUUGGUUUUCUUCGGAUCGCUGCGCGGAAUGAACGUCAAGGAUGCUGAACGGGAAGCCGAUGAUAUCCUCGAGAAGGUGAAUCUAGCGGACAAAAGAGAUGAAAUACUGAAAAAUUUGUCUGGUGGGAUGAAACGAAGAUUGUGCUUGGCUAACGCCAUCAUUGGUCGGACUAAGCUACUGAUUCUCGAUGAACCUACGUCUGGUUUGGAUCCCGAAUCAAGAAGGGAUAUUUGGGACAUUCUUCUCCGUUUGAAGAAAGAUCAUACUAUUCUUAUUACUACGCAUUUCAUGGAGGAAGCGGAUAUUUUGGGUGAUCGGAUCGCUAUAAUGGAGAACGGUGAACUGAUCGCGUUUGGCACAUCCAUUUUUUUGAAACACUAUUUUGGAAAGGGAUACACUUUGAAGCUGUUGAAAGGAGCGUUCUUUAAUCGGGAUAAAGUAAUGGCUAAAAUUAUUGAUCACAUCGACAAAGCGACUGAGAGACCGGCCGUUCAAUCGAUCUUCGCCGUUACAUUGCCGUACGAAAACAUGCAGCAGUACUCCGAGUUGUUGAAGGAACUUGAGGACUCCAAGAGUGAUUACGGAAUAGAGACAAUCAGUAUGACAAAUACAACAUUGGAGGAGGUAUUUUUGAAGUCAUCGUCGGAAAAUAAAGCUAUACAAAAUGAGAGAAGUCUCGAUCUCGUGGAUUCUCCUGAGAGAUCUCAACACUCAGUGUCGAUUAGUCAACAACCUACAAAGCCGAUCAGUCCACAGCCGAUUUCACAAUUCAAAGCGAUUGCUUACAAAAAAUAUUUGCACAUUCAUCGAAAUUGGCACAUCUAUCUCACCAUGUCUACUCUCCCGAUCGUAGCAACGAUUCUGUCCUUUAUACUUAGCGGCGGUUACUCCUUGAAACACUAUAGUGCUGUCAAUCUACACCAUUCCUCGGUUCAACAAGCAUUUGCAGUUAUUAUCCUGAAUGGAAACGACCGUCCGGUCGUUCUUGAGACCAUCAAAAAUGAAACCUACUUCCGCGAUUUGGACCUGGUGCUGUUAGAAGAGCAAAAUAUUGAUGAUUAUCUACUGCAAGAGUCGCAACGAAAUAUAAUGCGCUAUCGUCACAACUUGGUUGCAGCCGUUGAGUUCAACGUGUCCCAGGGAAGCCUGAAGAUACUUCAUAACAACAACCUAUUGCACAGUUCAGGAAUUGCCAACAAUAUUGGGAGCAAUUUGCUCCUGCAUUAUUACGGCUAUCCAAGAGUUGAGGUUCUGGUGAAAAACAGUCCAUCCACCAGAAGAAUGCAGUUGGAUUCAAUCACGCCGUACGUGUUUACAGAAGCGAUCUCAUUAGUUUUCAUGCUCUACAUCCUGCAAUAUCUGCAACUGCCCUAUCUGGAGGCCGCAACAGGUUUCAAGAAACUCCAAAACAUCAAUCGAUACGUCUACUGGGGUGGAACAUUCCUGGUAGACUAUGCGCUACACAUAGUGAUCUGUUUGGUGGUAUUUGGGGCUGCCCAAAGUUUGGAUCGCGAGCGACUCUUCAGCACCAGCGAGCACGGGCAAAUCCUGACGGUUCUGCUUCUGUACGGUAUUGCAGCUCUACCGAUGAUAUACAUCGUCAGCCAAUGCGUGGACAAAAUGGACACCGCCGUCACUUUCAUGAGCUACCUUAUGAUUGUUGGGGUUUGUGGAGUGUUUUUGCUCUCCGACGGCUAUGAUCGGAUUCGUGAAAAUAGCGGAGUGAUAUUCUUACUCCAUCUCGUGCCGGAAUUUGGAUUGAAACAUUCCCUUCGUGUGGUUUAUGAAAAUCAGAAGCUCACAAAAAUGCACGCUUUGCUAAUGGAAAACACAAUCGAUAACCCCACUGCGACUGCCGCCACUCCUCGAUUGGGUUUGUACAAUGUGUACUGCAUGAUGCCACUGUUGAUGAUAUCUUUUAUGUGCGUUCUUAAUGAAGUGGUAGAAAAUAUGUAUCGCAGAAGCAGGAUAAUCGAUUCAAAGAUACGUGUAUCUAAGGAGCUGCGAAAUCGUAUACUAUGUAUGCAAAGAAAGCGUCGAAAAGCGCUCGCGGUCGACCAACCGGAUUCGAAUUACGAAAUAAUGGACGCAGAUAUAGAUGAUGAUGUCGAUGCUGAAUCCAAGCUGGUCAGUGAAAUGGUUUCCAAGGAUCCACCGGAAUUCGCCUCUCACACGAUUGCUGUCCAUGGGUUGAAGAAGUGGUAUUUGAACUUACCGGCAGUCAAGGGGGUGAGCUUUGCGGUGAAACGUGGCGAAUGCUUCGGAUUAUUAGGAAUGAAUGGUGCGGGCAAAACCAGUACAUUUCAAAUGAUCACCCAUAAUACCCCCAUCACGGAAGGGUCCAUCUAUCUGAACAAACAUGAUAUAAAAGAAUCUAGCGAGAGUGAGUACCGUUCGCAGUACGGUUACUGUCCGCAGGGUGAUGCCCUACUUGAUUUCAUGACACCACAUGAGCUGAUCCGGUACUGCGCUAUUGUCAAAAAUCUAGAGAACAUUGACGAACUUACUAACUACUGGUUAACGGAUCUGGAUAUUCUGUCUUAUGCCCAUAGUCGAAUCAACGAGUGCUCCGGCGGUACCAAGCGGAAAGUGAACACCAUUCUGGCUAUGUUGGGUAACCCGUCGAUUGUAUUCUUGGACGAACCCACGACCGGAGUCGAUCCGAAGUCACGCCACUUUGUGUGGAGUCGGAUAAAGGCACUGCAGCGGGCGGACCAGACGAUUAUACUGACCUCACACAGCAUGGAUGAGUGCGAAGAAUUGUGCAAUCGGCUAUCAAUUAUGGUAGAUGGCCGAUUGCGAUGCAUCGGAUUCAUUCAACGAUUGAAGGAAAAAUACGGCAAGGGGUUCAACCUACUACUCAAACUUAAAAACCAUGAAAUACAGCAAAGUUGCGAAUUGAUUGAUGAAGUGAAACGUCGGUUUGAAUGUGAAUUGAAGGAAGAACAUGAUGGAAUGCUUAAAUUCCUCGUGCCGGAAAAGGUGGCCCUUUCGCAGCUGUUCGGAGAGAUGCAUACCCUGAAGCAAAAAUCUAAUGGCCUUAUCGUCAAUUUUUUGAUCAACGAAACCUCGUUGGAGGACAUUUUUCUGAAUUUUAGGCCCGCUAAAAUCGUAUCGAACGAAAUGGCAGUGUAGAAUAGGGUGGUUAAAACAGUGCUUUAACGCUUAUUCCAGUUUGGCUUAUUUUAUGUGUUCUUUGAAAAUGUGCUUACCUCUCUGAUUAACUACGGCUACAGUGUCUUUACACCUAUGCCGCGUGUAUUGUAGAUCUCCAUAAUCGUCGGCCUCGAGCGAUGUUCCUCCUGUUCCCCUGAACGUUUAGGGUCUUCAGAUCUGAGGCGGCAUUGUGCAUUUCGAUUCGAACGAAAUUCUAUCGAGUCGAACAUGUUUGGCAUAGACCAGUGCAUGAUGAUGUAGGUUGACAGUUCACAGAGCUUUUUCUCCGGGACUUAGCCUCCGGUGCAGCUUCCGAUAAAAUUGUUUCAUCAUUUUAUUCGCAUGUAGAUGUCCAUUGCGAUUGAUUUCAUGCUGAAUGCAAAGAAUAACACUAAAAUAUUCGGAUCACAGCAAUUUUAAACUAAAAAUAUGAAUUUUAUUUUCUCUUCAUCGAUUUUUCUUCUAACACCUUGUAAACAAGCUCUGUGGACUGUCAAAAUAAGUGAGGUUAAGUUAGAGUUUGCAUUGGUCUAUUACGGCCUUCGAUUCGAUCUCGAAAACGACUCAUCACGCUAACUUUCACUUACUCAGUGACCACAUCGGCGUGACAUAGGUUCCCUAUUUUGAAGAUCAGCAGAUCAUCUCCCGGCUCCGAAUCGGACACAGGCGGCCUUUGCAUAAUUUCGACAGGAGCCCUUUCUGUACUAUCUGCAAUGUCUGUGACAUUGGUAACUCUGUAGAGCAUUUUGUCAGCGGAUGCUUGUAAAAUCAAGUGCUUCCAUACAAGUGUCCAAAUUCACCUUCGAAUUACUUAUAAAAUCUUUAUGAAGAUUGUACAAUUAUUUCAAAGAAUAUACAUUUAAGCAUAUUCCAGGCUUACUUCAAGAAUUCCGACCGAAAAUUCCAGGGUCCUCGGAAAAAUUGGUUCGAUUUUCUUUGGUGUUGUUCUCUCAGGAUUCCCUACGUAAUGUUUUCAGAAGCAACAUUAGGUUUUAAUUUAUACUGGAAUCAUCAUCGGGGAUUCUCAGGUUUUCAUGAUUUUUCCUGCUUCGGUUUUCCUCCAAAGAUAAGAAAUGUCUGUAAAAGUCUGUAACAUCAAUCAAAAGUCUGUAUAAUGUCUGUAAUCUGCAUGAUGUCUGUAUGCAAGACCAAAAGUCUGUAUAAAUACAGACAUGUCUGUAUAUCUGGCAUCCCUGACAGGGAUGCCAGAUACAAUUUAUAAAUGUCUGUGUUAAUCUCAGUAAAAUGUCUGUAUUUGUCUGUAUGGGGCUUCAGAGCUAUAUACUGGAAAUAUAAAAUUACUCAAAACCAUA